UAUCAAUCCCCCAUUCUCAUAAUUCAUCAUUCACAACAACUUGCCAAUAAGCAAAACAACUAACUCUUCAUUACCUGAAGUCAGCAAUAACUCAUCCAUAGGAAAAUAUUUGGUUAAAUCUACGACCAAUUGGUAACAGCAGACCGAUCUAUCACUGAGCUACUGAAGAAAAUUGUUUAGAGAUGGAAAGAAGAGCGAUUUACGAGAAGGAUCUCAAUGAUCUUGAGGCAACUGAAUUAAGAUUAGGUUUGCCUGGAAGUGCUGAGUCAGAGAAGCAAUCUUCUACCUCAACUAGUGCUAAAAAUAGCAAAAAAAGACCUUCAUCAGAGAUGGAUAAUAAUAACUCAUCAAAUGAACAAGACUCAGCCCCUGCACCAAAAGCACAAGUUGUUGGUUGGCCACCAGUUCGAUCUUACAGAAAGAAUGUUUUACAAGCCAAGAAACCAGAAUCUGAUAAUUCCUCAGGGAUGUACUUAAAAGUAAGCAUGGAUGGAGCACCUUACUUGAGGAAAAUUGACCUUAAGGUUUACAAAAGCUAUCCAGAGUUACUCCAGGCUUUACAAAACAUGUUCAAGUGCACAAUUGGGGUAUACUCUGAAAGAGAAGGAUACAAUGGAUCUGAAUAUGCACCAACAUAUGAAGACAAGGAUGGUGAUUGGAUGCUAGUUGGAGAUGUACCAUGGGAUAUGUUCAUCAAUUCUUGCAGAAGGCUUAGACUAAUGAAAGGAUCUGAAGCUAAAGGUUUGCAUGCCUAUAGGUUGUGGAAAAAGAUCCACUAAGUUCAUGAAGUACCCUUGUAAAGCAACAUGGAUAUACAUACAUACAGAUCUGCACGGCAGCUAGCAGAUCUAGGAUGAACAAGAAAGACAAGGCUGAGGAUUUUGAUAUCUUUAUGAUUUCAGUUUUGUAACAGCUAGCCCAGCAAUGCAACAUCGAUUAGUUGCAUGGGAUAGAUCUAGAUCUAUUUGUACAAAAAGUGUCUCUUUUUUUUUUUUUUUUUUUUUUUUUUUUGGAAGAACUUGCUGUGUAUUAUUUACGAGUAUAUAUAUACAGGAAGAAUACAAAAUUUAGAACAAGGAACAUUUUAUGUUGAUUGCUAAUUACUCCCGAUA